AUGUGUCAACAGUUACUGGCACUGUACAGAACUGAUCAGGACAGUGAUAGUGGGAGAGGCCUCGUGGGGAAACUGUACAGCACACAGUGUUCACAGCAGCCCAAGGGCACGCAGGGAACCGUUCAAGAGAGGGAAGGCCGGGGGCCACACAAAGUUCCUAAAGUCACACCUGACCACCAGGGGCCACACUUGCUCCUCUUGAAGCGGGAACAUAAGGAACUCUUGAAGACGGAAGGUGCCAUGAGCUUUGGGUUGAAUGUGUCCACGGCAGGAGGCCCGCAGCUCUCCAGUCAUUCCGGGUCGUGGGCAAGAGCAGCAGACACCGUCUCUACCUCCUUGGAAGCGGCAGAUUGUGCCCCGACCUCGUCGGACGCGCCUGCGCGGGACGGAGCGCUCCCGCGGGAGAGACGCGGGUCGGCGGUGCGGGGUCCGGGAUCCGGGGCCUGGGGAGCCGCCCGGGGGCGCCCUGAUCCCCCGGCUUCCGCCGCCUGGCUGCGAGCGGUCCCCGAGGUGCUUGCGACGCAAGCUAGGUUCGAGUCUGAAAGAAAGCGAAGUGAACCUCAGAAACGCCAGAGCCCGGCCGCAAAGCGCGCCGUGAGGGAAACACCGAAGCACGUGGCCGGUAUUUUCAAAAGAAAUAAUUCCAGACUGAUGGAUGAAAUUCUAAAACAACAGCAGGAACUUCUCGGCCUAGAUUGUUCCAAAUACUCACCAGAGUUUGCGAAUAGUAAUGACAAAGAUGAGCAAGUGUUAAAUAGCCACUUGGCAGUGAAGGUGCUGGCCCCAGAGGAUGGGAAAGCCGACAUCGUGCGAGCUGCCCAGGACUUCUGCCGGCUGGUGGCCGGGCAGCAGCGGAGGCCUGAGGACCUGGACGUGAACAUGUUGGACAGUUUGAUUAGUUCUAAUAAUUUCCCUGAUCCUGAUUUAAUAUUGAAGUUUGGUCCUGUGGACAGCACAUUAGGCUUUCUUCCCUGGCAAAUCAGACUGACUGAGAUUGUCUCUUUGCCUUCCCACCUAAACAUCAGUUACGAGGACUUUUUCUCUGCCCUGCGCCAGUACGCAGCGUGUGAGCAGCGCAUGGGGAAGUAGUCAUCCCUGGCUGCGACUUCGGGCUCUGGGAGAAGAGGACCGGGGGACUCUGAUGUUUACAGACACCUGCGAAACCCUGUAUACACCUAGUUCAUAUUCCUCAUAAUUUAUCAGCAAACACAAAAAAGUGUCUUACUUGAGAUGAGUGAGUGUGAGUGUGUGUGUGUGUGUGUGUGUGUGUGUGUGUGUAAGUAAACUUAUAAAUGGGGGAAGUAUUGGAGAAGAGAGUACGGAAACCUACAACUUGGAGCGAACAGCAGCCGUCUUUAGGAGCUGAGUUUUCAGGUGUGAAGUCUUCAAGCCCUGCCACUUCCCUGUUUUUGUGGGGAGUAGAGGGGUGGAUCAGAGCUGUUUUGGUUGUUGUUUAAGGGAAGGGGAUAAUUUUGUUCAGUCUUUCCUAGUGACCAAACUUCAGUUUUCAAGAAUAGUAUGUGGACUUACUAAAUGGAAGUCUUCUGAUGUGAGGGAGUUUCCAGGAAGUGGAGUUGGGAACACCCAUGUUCACAUAUCCGUCCACCUUCGUUUUGGACUUCACUGUAGUCAAAUGGUGUGACCCAGAAUGUUUCUCUGGAGUCUUUGUUCGUGUUGUGAAGAACAUCUGAAAGAGAGCUCUUACUGUACUGAAAUGCAGAGGUGUAGAAACUUAAAUAUUGAAUUAGGCAGUCAAAACCGAAAACAAGUAAGUUGUAAUCCUAAAAAGUAAAGGUAAAAAUUUUCCUUAAAAAAGGAAAGCUUUGAUUUCUUUGUUGGGUGAGUUGUAUGCUGUACAGCAUCCAAAGUUAGUAAAAUAUUUCUGUUAACUGUUCUGGGCAUUUAAAAGUCAGAGCAGUGCUUUCCCUCAAAAGUAACUUGUUCCUCUUUGGAAUAUCACCUGGGGUCUAUUCAUUAAGCCUGAUUGGUGACUUUGCGUGAAAGGUUGAGGAGGACUGAGGCCUGUGAGGGAAAUAAAGUAUUACGAAAAUCUACAAAAAUACUUUAAUCUUACACAUUCUCUUUUGUGACAGAGAACAGCACUGGUUCUGUUUUUUUAAAAAUGAGUAAGCCCCUCUUUGGUAGGUGUUCGGUAUAUUCUCCCUCACUGCCGACCCUGGGUCAGAAGCAUUCGUCUAUUUGAGGACUGUGUUUGGGUUCCUGUCUUACCCCAGAUCUCGAGUAGUCAGGUGAAAGUGUGCACUGGAGUGGGGUUGCUUACAUCCCAGGUCUCAGAAGCAUGGAAAGAGCAGAGAAGACUGGAUUCGGAAAGCAUGGUUUGGAAUUGCUCCUCAGAUUCUAAAGUGGUGAAGAAUAUGUUUUGACUUUGAAUUAAGAAAACCCCAUUUAUGAUUUUAAAAAUACACUUGAAAUAAAAAUGAUUAAACUAAAUUUUGGUCCAGUGACAUUACUUUGCACUUCAUAGUUCUUUGUAUUUUUUUUAAGUCUUAAUUUAUUUCCAAGUUUUGUGUGAUGCUACAGCAUCUCAAAACUAUUAGAAAUUUCCUGUUUCUGUUACGUUGUGUUGUAAUUCAUGUCCUGUUGAGUAUUUUACUUAAUUUAAGCCUUUCAUAAACAUGGUAGAUAAUAUAAAUGUCACUUAUAAAAAUUUUGCAGUGUGUACAGCUUUAAUGAAUUAAAUUUAAUGGGCCCAAUUGAAGUACGGAUUUAAUGUUUGUUAAAAUACAGUUAGUUAAAUUACUUACUGAGAUGUAGCCCAGAUCUCUACAAGAUGUAGUAUGAGUUUUUCACUUUCCUCCUCCUCUUUCACAGUAGGAUGUGUUUGUCAAAAUAAAGCCGUAGUCCAUGUUUUCAAUCUGUUGCAGCUGAGAAGAGCCCCUUUGGACAGGGUCCCUUAGAGCCUCUCCAUUACCUUCUCCAGGGGUGCGCCUGCUAGAGCACUGUGUGAUUUGAACAGCACUGCUUGUUCUGAAAUUCCUGGCAAGAUCUGCACAGUUUCUCUGUUGUCAGGGCUCCCUUUGCACUCCUCAGAAUGGGUCGUUUAAAGAAAAGUGUGUGUCUCUAUGUGUAUCGAAGGUGUGGUCUUUAAGUUGUUCCUUCUGAUACUCCCCACAAUGGAGAAAUUACCAGAGCAGGCCCGUUACAUGGAUGGCAGCACAGAGCAGAGCAAGAAGGGAGGAUCUGAAUUCCAUUCCCAGUUGUAGCUGUGGUUUGCUUCUUUUUAACUAGUGGGUUACUGUUCUGAAGUUGAAAGGCUGAUAUUAAUGUGAAUAGCAAAUUCUGGCUGAAGAAUGCCUGUCUCUGAGCGAUGCUUAAUAUUAAUGAACAGUGCCAAAUACACUGUGCGUAUCUAUAAUUUAAUCUUUGAAUGUAUGCUAAUCAGCUCCCUCCUCUGUGAUGGAACCGUGCAUAGAAUCAGAUCCUUGUGAUGUUUUAUAUGGCUGUAGACUUUGGCAACAUGUAAAUAAUGUGUACAGCAAAUUUUUAUGAUUAAGGAAUCAAAUUUAUUGAAUUUUAUUAUUGCGAUUUGAAAUUUAAGAUGUAUGAAAACCAAUAAAAGUAUACUCUUCAUGGACUGUA